AUGGAAAACAGCAGUUUUUCUCCGAAAGCCAGCACCAGUAAGCUGCCGACAGAUGCAUCUCCGGACUCCAAGUGCCCCAUCUGCCUGGACAGAUUUGACAAUGUGGCAUAUCUGGAUCGCUGCUUGCACAGGUUCUGCUUCCGCUGCGUCCAAGAGUGGUCCAAGAACAAAGCAGAAUGCCCGCUCUGCAAGCAGCCCUUCUUUUCCAUCUUCCAUACGAUUCGUGCUGAAGACGACUUCAAGGAGUACGUCCUCAGCCCUUUAGAAACAAGCUCUUUUGCCAGCCCCGAUGGCCGGAGGUUUCGUUACCGCACCACCUUAACGAGGGAACGCCGCAGGCGCGGUUCCCCUUCCCGGAGGAUGCCGUCCCCUCCGGACAACGGGAUGUUGUUUGAAGGGCUGUCGAGCGAGCCGGCGCAACACAGGCACAGAGAGAUUCAGCAGAUGCUCAGGAGGCUGGCCUCAAGGAGGAAGGCCAGCGCGGAGGGCAGAUCUCUGCGGCAGAUUCAGGAGGAGGACAUGAUCGCUUUCGCCGGGGCUCUGUACCGCACCGGCGUGCGCAUCCGCAGCAUCCAGGGGGCGGCCGAUACCGAGAGAUUUCGGCCGAAGUUCUUCCGCCGCAACCCUGCUUGCCUUCACCGCCUGGUUCCUUGGCUGAAGCGAGAGCUUACGGUCCUGUUUGGUGCCCACGGGUCUCUGAUCAAUAUUGUGCAGCACAUCAUCAUGAGUAACGUAACCAGGUACGAUCUGGAAAGCCAGGCCUUUGCUGACGAUCUGAAGCCAUUUCUGCUGAAUCGGACGGAACACUUCCUGCACGAAUUCAUCAGUUUUGCUCGUUGUCCUUUUAACUUAGAAGCAUACGAUCAACACGCCAAUUAUGACUGUCCUGCACCAUCAUAUGAGGAAGGAAGCCACUCAGACUCAUCAAUUAUUACAAUAUCUCCAGAUGUGGCGUACUCGCAAGGGCCGGCUAAUAGUUUGUCUGUUCCUGGUCUUGGUCAGGCCCCGUGGGAUGACGAAACUCCGGGCCCUUCGUAUUCCAUUUCAGAAGAGGUUCGUGCAACCAUAGCUUCUCCUCUGGAGUCAUCAGAAAGUUCUGACGAGGACUCUGCUUCAGGGAGCCAAAGAAGCAAGCUGCAGACUGAGUUACAGGCUAAUGCUGACUCAAACGACAGUGGCUCUUCCUCAGACAAUUGUGUCAUUGUUGGGUACGUUAAGCCGCUAGCUGAGCGGACCCCAGAAGUGGUCGAGCUGUCCUCUGACUCUGAGGAGUCCAUCAAGGAAGAAAAAAGGGAAGAGGUCAAGAAACAGCGACCAGUCCAGUGUCACAGCUGGAGUGACAGUGACCCAAGCAGGAGCCUCUCACCACAUUCCCCGACCUAUAGAGAGGAUGUAGGAAGUUGCAGAAGGUAG